UCAGUUCGUCGUCGUUUGUCUUACGUUAAACACAGGAACGCUUCAAUACAGAACGUACGAUUAAAACCAGUUUUAAAAUACAUAUAAAUAAAUACUAAUACAAAACCAACAACCAAAUAAAAAAAUAUUAACAAGCCGCUGGAUAUACAACAACGGCAAAUAAAGAAUAUUUGUGAUACAAUUUUACAAAACACUUGCGGGUAACGGCGGUUAAACAAAACAAACCCCAAAGAAGAAAUGCAGUUUAGUUGAGAAAAUAAUCCAACCUGCAAUCUGCUUGACACGUAGAGAAAGAAAGAAAGAAAGAUAUUGUGAUAGAUACCUACCUACAAAAAAGGUGUGAAGUGAGUCCAAAUUAAGAAAGAGUUCAAUCGACUCGACAGGAAAAUAAAACAGUGUCGUUAUGUUGAUCGGUUCGCAUCCUUAUCUGUGCAAUCCAGCAGCAGGCGUUAUGUCAGCCGACAACGCGCCCGUCGCGGCCGCAGCAAAUCCCACAACUACAACAACAAACAGCAAGAUCGCCGCCGGGUCUGCAACAGACUUUUCUAUUGCAGCGAUUAUGGCCAGAGAAGACGCCUCUAGUCGGGAGUCAUCCGUUAGAAGUGCCAGUCCCAUUUCCAUAGAGGAUGAAGUCGAUGUUGAUGUGGUCGACUGCAGUGAUUCGGAAGAGCCACCAUCCAAAGCCCGCCGUCUGAACAAUUCCACAUGUAGUACCAACAGCAUUGGAAACGUAUCUCAAACCCGUCUAAAUACCAGCACGGCCUCCAGUGUUGGUCGCUCUACGCCGCCUCAAUCGCCGGCCAGUGACAUCGACGGCGAGCGCUCUUCGCCCGAACCAGCUCCCAAAGCGCCCAAAAUCGUGGGAUCAUGCAAUUGUGAUGACUUGAAACCAGUCCAAUGCCACCUGGAAACCAAGGAGCUGUGGGACCGUUUUCACGACCUGGGCACGGAGAUGAUUAUCACCAAAACUGGAAGACGCAUGUUUCCUACUGUCCGCGUAAGCUUUUCGGGGCCGCUGCGGCAAAUACAACCGGCCGACCGUUAUGCUGUUCUGCUCGAUAUUAUCCCAAUGGAUUCGAAACGCUACCGCUAUGCAUACCACAGAUCAGCGUGGCUGGUAGCAGGCAAAGCGGAUCCUGCUCCGCCCGCCCGCCUGUACGCCCACCCUGACAGCCCUUUCAGCUGUGAAGCUCUGCGCAAACAAGUCAUUUCCUUUGAGAAGGUCAAGUUGACCAACAAUGAAAUUGACAAAAAUGGACAGAUUGUUUUAAAUUCGAUGCAUCGCUAUCAACCCCGCAUACAUUUGGUUCGGUUGAGCCACGGACAAAGCAUCCCCACUAAUCCAAAAGAGUUGCUAGAAAUGGACCACAAAACAUAUGUUUUCCCCGAGACCGUGUUUACAGCAGUGACGGCGUACCAAAAUCAACUGAUAACUAAACUGAAGAUUGAUUCGAAUCCCUUUGCCAAAGGUUUUCGCGAUUCGUCGAGAUUGACCGACUUCGAUCGUGAUCCAAUGGAAGCCCUGCUGCUGGAACAACAGCUGAGGUCGCCCCUACGACUGUUCCCAGAUCCUCUGAUGCAACAGUUUGCCGCCCAACAAGGAGCUGACCCCACAUCAAUGGCUAUAUUCGAAAAGGCACGCCAGCAUCUGCAAAUGUUCGGUGGAAAUUCGCCCUACGCCCAACUGAUGAUGCCCCAAAUGUACGCUCAACAGGCACCACCUCCGCCCGGUUUGGGCGCCUUCCAUAUGUUCCAGCAACAAUGGCCCCAACUUACCGCCGGCUUCCUAGCAUCUGCCAAUCAACAAGCCGUCGCGCAAGCCCAGGCUCAUGCACAAGCCGCUGCCCAGGCCCAAGCACAAGCUGCAGCUGCUGCCGCAAAUCGCACACCUCCCCCGCCACCUACAGCAUCAACGCCAUCAUCUACCUCCUCAGGCUCACCGUCACCCGACAUGAGGCCCCGACAAUUUCAAAGGUUUAGUCCCUACCAAGUACCACAGCACCCAUCUCAGCCACGAAGCCCCCCAAACCACUAAGGGCGUCGCAUUGUAAGCCUGGGGUCUAAGGACCCUACGAAACCCUUGCCAAAACCAGUAUUAAGAAUCUAAACAACCCCGCCUCUCUGAGGAGGACUUUUGUUUCGACGUUUCACUAGAGUUAUUAUGUUUGUUAAAUUUGUUUGUACAGUUCAUGGCAAUUGUAAAUUUUUGUUUUCUUUUUACUGCUUCGUCCACCGCUCCCACUGCACCUAGUUUAAUUGACAACCAUUUCAUCCCUAACUUAAGUUAUUUAAGACGAAACUCUCCUGUACUCAGUGUAAAUUUAUUUCCUACGAAGCCCAAGCUAUGAGCACUCAUUGUAUUUUGGAAUAGCUAAUUUUAGAAUACUUCCUUAUUUUGAACUCUCACAGGAAUACAUAUAAAACAAAUAAAUUUGUACAUAUUUAGCAUAAGUAAAUGCAGCUCAGGACGUGUGUUAUAGCCCACCCCGCCCCAAACUCUAUCGGGCUGUUGUUUACUGAGGGAGCUAUAAACUGAACGUACUUAUUAUUGCCGCAUUGAGUGUAUCUACAUAGGUUAAGUUCUUUGUGUUAGUUUAGUUCGUAGGCCAUCAAUUAAAUAUUUAUAGCUCAAAAGAGCAACAAAUCGAAUGAAACAAAUCUGUAUAUGCCGAAAAGAAAAACAAAUGAUACAUGAAUAUUAAAUCAAAUUAAAAAAUACAGCAUGAAUGGACACCAUAAAAAUCAAGGAAACAUGUCUUUUUAUUUCAAUUCCAACAAAUGCCGUGCUAUGGGCCGGCGGCAUUCCGCAUGGCUGCGAGGUUUUUGUUUUCAGUGCAAUGUACUUGGCAUCCUGACAUCCAUUCGUUGCAGCCACUAAAUCCUAAAUAUCCUGUGCUGCUGAUGGACACCAAUCGAUACACUUGUCUCUUGUCGUUAUGGGAAUUGGAAUUUCAAUUCGUGUAUUCGGUGUGAGUUCCUCACCGAAUUUUCCGUCCCUUUUGUUUUGGGCAUGCAUGUAACUCGUACUGCCCAGGCAGUUGUGCACUGAAAUGUGUGUAUGCUAAAUUGCGCUCCACAAAGUGCAGUGCAGAGCGGGGUUCGCUCAUUCUGCUAUGUUCACAUGUUCACAAAAUCUACAGAAUGCACUCUACUUCAUACCCACUGUUACACUCUCUCCACUGCACUUUGUUUCUUCGUUUCAUUUCAGUUAAUCACUCUUCUCACAAACGCUUUGUUUUUUCUUGUCUGGGGAAACGAAUUCAUUCAUUAUGGCCAUUUACAAAGUGAAAUUGUUUGCUGGUCGUCUUAUGAGAGCAGCGACAUUCUCGCUCUCCCCUACAUUCCCUCAUCUGACCAUAUUUUAACGAUGUGCUGAUAGAUUAUCCCAAGUACAUACUCUUCCGAACUAGGGGCAAUGAAUGGAGCAAGAGGCAUAGUUGUAUUCCGCAUGCUUAAUAAAAUGGCUCACAUGACGUCAAUUAUAUCACCAUAUGUUUCGGACUUGUAACCAAAGCCCAGAUGAAACGGCUGGAAUUGCUUGAAGUUUUGCAUACACAUCAAUAUUGGAAUAUUAUCGACGAAUAAGGCUGAAUUAAAAAAUAUGUUCUCGUGGGUACAUGGAUAGUGCUAGGACUCUGAGAUUUAUUAUGUAAUUUCGUCCAUGAUAAAUAAAAUAGUACUCACAUAUAA